GCCGUGAGAACGUGUGCGAACUCGUGUGUAGGAGUUGGGAGGUGCGGAGAGGCAAAAAGCUGGUAGAGCCGCAGCAGGAGGCCGCCCGAUGGAUUCGCUCCGCACGUCGUGUUUACGUCCGUCACCCGCCUUCUCUUCGACACCCGCGUUAGCCUAGGUUUACGCCACUCUCUUUUUCUCCCCUUCGCUGCGUAUCGCCCGUGUUUCUAACCUAAGAAAUCACCCCCGCCGCACGCGAGAGAGAUGAAUGCCAUGCUCCUUUGAUAGAGGCAACACGUCGUCGCCGAACAGCAUCAUCGACACGCACCGGACCCCUCGCAAUCCCCGUCGCACGUCGGGGGACCGACAAAGGCUGACGACUGGGAACGGCGCUCAUCCUAAGUACAGUUACUAUACCCGUAAACCUAUCAGUGUGUAUAGUAAUGUCUGUCCCUUCUUCGUCCUCCAACAAUAUAUCUGACAAUAAUAAGCUAGGCGGUGCCAGUCCUAGUCCAAUUGAGGGUAUCGAGGGAGUUCCAGGGCCAAGUUCCUUGGAUCCUAUGCAUUCAGUGUUGCCACAAGACGGGGAAUCCGAGGAUUAUGGAGAUGACGAAGAGGAGGGCGAGGAAGAAUGUAGCGAAGGAGAAAGUGAAAUUAGCGACAGUGGAUUGUUUUGUGACACCGAGUGUACAGCAGAGAUUGAGAGCAACAAUUGUCAGUCACCCGUGUCACAAUCUCAAGCGGUUCUCUCUGAACAGGUACAAAGUCCAGUAUCGCAUAAUUGUGUGCCAUCAGACGUUGUCCAACCUCAGAGAAAACGAAAGAGUGAAACAGAAUGCUGUCUACCCUGUAAAAAACUUAAUCCAGAAGAAAAGUGUCAUAUAAUGACUGCUAGAAAACUAGAUGAUAAAGGUAAACAUGUGAGAUGUGUCAUUCCUACCAAGGACAAUCCUCCUCCAGAAAUGAGCAGUUGGCUUCUACAAUUUCAGAGAUGGUCAAACGCGGAAAGGAUGUUAGCGAUAGACGAACUAAUAGAGAGAUGCGAGCCCACGCAAGUGCGUCACAUGAUGCAGGUGAUAGAGCCGCAAUUUCAACGAGACUUUAUAUCGUUGUUGCCGAAAGAAUUGGCAUUAUCAGUAUUGGCCUUUCUUGAGCCGAAGGAUCUCCUGAGAGCGGCGCAGACCUGUCGAAACUGGCGUUUCCUAGCUGACGACAAUCUACUUUGGAAAGAGAAGUGCAAGGCAGCCGGCAUAGAGGAUUUAAAAGAUCUCCCACCACUGAAACGAAAGAACUGUCGAAGCGGCAACCAUAAUUCAUCUCCGUGGAAACAGGCUUAUAUGCGGCAGCAUAAUAUUAAAAUGAAUUGGAGAACGAAGCCGAUCCGUACACCAAAAGUGUUAAAAGGUCAUGAUGACCAUGUUAUUACAUGCCUUCAAUUUUCUGGAAAUCGGAUAGUUAGUGGUUCAGAUGAUAAUACUCUUAAAGUAUGGUCUGCUGUUACAGGCAAGUGCCUACGAACAUUAGUUGGACACACUGGAGGUGUAUGGUCUUCACAAAUGUCCGGCACAAUUGUUAUCAGUGGUAGUACGGACCGUACAUUAAAAGUGUGGAACGCGGAAACUGGUCAGUGCAUUCAUACAUUAUACGGUCACACGUCGACGGUUAGGUGUAUGCAUCUGCAUGGUAAUAAGGUCGUCAGUGGUAGUAGAGACGCAACACUAAGAGUGUGGCAGGUGGACACGGGAGAGUGCUUACAUGUGCUCGUGGGACAUCUAGCAGCAGUCAGAUGUGUGCAAUAUGAUGGAAAGUUGGUGGUCAGUGGUGCCUAUGACUAUAUGGUCAAAGUUUGGAAUCCGGAGCGUGAGGAGUGCCUUCAUACCUUACAAGGACAUACCAAUCGCGUUUAUUCCCUCCAGUUCGACGGCGUGCACGUUGUUAGCGGAUCAUUGGAUACAAGUAUAAGAGUAUGGGAGGUAGAAACAGGUGCUUGUAGACAUACCCUGAUGGGUCAUCAAUCUCUCACCUCAGGGAUGGAGUUGCGCAAUAAUAUCUUAGUAUCGGGCAACGCUGAUUCUACCGUUAAAGUAUGGGAUAUUGUUAGUGGUCACUGCCUUCAAACUCUCUCCGGUCCGAACAAACAUCAAUCGGCGGUCACUUGCCUUCAAUUCAAUAGCCAUUUUGUGAUUACAUCCUCUGAUGAUGGUACAGUAAAACUCUGGGAUGUUAAGACUGGUGAUUUCAUUAGGAAUCUAGUUGCACUGGAAAGUGGGGGUAGCGGCGGUGUUGUGUGGAGAAUUCGAGCGAGUGAUACGAAACUAGUGUGUGCAGUAGGUAGUCGAAACGGUACCGAGGAAACGAAACUACUUGUCCUCGAUUUCGAUGUUGAGGUAAAAUAGUGCGCUACCAAUGUCGUGGAUCCAAUCGCCCCCUUGUACGACUUGUGUACAUAUUUUCAAUUAAGUAGUCUAAAAACUAAUCUACGCUGUACAAUGAUUUAUGUAUUACAUGGUGUGAUUGUGAUAAGACUGUGUACGCGCCGUAAAAAUCGGGCGAGUAUUGCGAGAGACGGAGGUGAGGAUAAGAAGAGAUGGAAAAGGAAAAAAAAAAUUCGAAGGAAACGAAAGAGAUGAGUAGCGAAUGAUCUCCUGAUGGAUUAAAGUGCCCGUCGAGAAAUUAUAAAUAUAUCGUUUUGUCGGAGCGCGCGUGCGUUGUUAUGAUGUACAAACGUAAGAUUUGUAAGACUCGUAAAUUUAUGGGGGGGGGGGAGGGGAUGAGGAGCUUAUCAGUGUACUUCCGAAUUUUCGCUGUUAUAACGGUUCAGUGGAAUCGAUGAUGCAAAAAUAGCAAACAUCCCCAAUGAGAUUCAUUGCAAGUAUAACAGAUUUAUUAUGUGGGCAUUUAGAAGCAUUUGUCAACGAUGGCUGAUGAAAACGAGGCGACUGAAACUAAGACGUACUGAAACUGCAAGGCAAAACGACAUUAAUCGAAGAAUCUCAUACUUCCUGAAGCUAAUCAGAAAAUUGUCGACAUUUUCCGACACGUCAUUCGGACCAUAUAAAUCUUUUUACGGAAAAUUUCAAACGUUUGUUGUACAUCGCAACAUUUGUAAUUUAUUGGCCGAUUCGUCAAAAUGAUGAAAUUGAUCUUCAUCAAAUUGUCAGCUUCAAUAUUUCUUGGUCAUAAUUUUAGACUUUACUUGCCUAUACAUAAAUAUCGAUCUGGUUAAGAACAAAUAUUUUUAUAAAUAUUUAUAGGUCAAUAUUUUCAUAUGUUUAACGUUUUCCGAAGAAGUAUAAGAUUUUCUAGCAAUUGAUUAAAGCAAAUCACUCAAAUCACGAACUCGAUAAAUAUUUUCUUUUUUUUUUUUUGUAGUAAAAAAUUCUUCCAAUGUUGCAUAUUUCACAUUAUGGUGCAAUAUACAAAAUAGUGCACUUAAUCGCGUGCAAUACAGACUUAUAAAACGGUAAAUUAGUACAAAUUUAAAGCAGAGCAACAUUUUUGUUCACAAUUAAAGUAUUUUAAUUUUGUAAAUAUUAAAUAAAAGGCUUUGCUAAAGGGAGAAUAUUUGUAUUAGCCAGAUCUUUACAUUUUUAGUGCGAAUUGUAUGAAGACUUAGAACAUUGCAUCAAUUGUCACUGAUAAAUUUUAUAUUGAUUCUACUGAAUCAUGUCAUGAAUGACAACGGAUUAUGCGAUUUGUGCAAAUGCAUCUUUAUUAUUGGACCUAGGUUAGACUAGGUGUCGUGUUUAUUUGUAUAUUGCUCAAUAGUUUAUAUUAUAAGAAUGUGUUACCUGUUGUAUCAUUUUUUUUUUAUAAGAAAUAGAAAACAAGAUGUUGCUGCAUAUUUUAGAUUGUUUUUUUUUUUUAAAUUUAUUACAAACUGUAUACAUGUUCAUGUGCUAAGAAACAUAUUUUGUACAAAAUAAAUGUUCGAUUUCGACCUCUUUC